AUGAUCUAUCUAUCUAUCUAUCUAUCUAUCUAUCUAUCUGUGGAUCCUACCACAACACUAUCUAUCUAUGCCUGUUCAUAUCUAUCUAUCUAUCUAUCUAUCUAUCUAUCUAUCUAUCUAUCUAUCUAUGUGUCUAUGUCUGUUCAUAUCUAUCUAUCUAUCUAUCUAUCUAUCUAUCUAUCUAUCUAUCUAUGCUUGUUCAUAUCUAUCUAUCUAUCUAUCUAUCUAUCUAUCUAUCUAGCCCAGUCUGUUCAUAUCUAUUUACCUGUAAUCUCAUUGUUAAUCUGUCUGCUAUCUAUUUAUUUUUGUUCUUAUCUAUCUAUCCCCCUCUUUCUCUCUCUCUCUGUCUGUCUGUCUCUCUCUCUCUCUAUAAAAUUAGCCCUUAUUCUCAUUGUCAUAUAUAUCGAUAUGUGUGUGACGCAAUAUCUAUCUAUCUAUCUAUCUAUCUAUCUAUCUAUCUAUCUAUCUAUCUAUCUAUGUAUCUCGGCUUCUUUAUCUAUCUAUCUAUCUAUCUAUCUAUCUAAUUCUGUUCAUAUCUAUCUAUCUAUCUAUCUAUCUAUCUAUCUAUCUAUCCGAGUAUCAUCAUUAAUCUAUCUAUCCCAGCUCGCAUACCUAUCACAGCCUGUUUAUAUCUAUCUAUCUAUCUAUCUAUCUAUCUAUCUAUCUAUCUAUCUGAGUCUCAUCACUGAUCUACCUAUCCCAGCUUGCAUACCUAUCUCAGUCUGUUCCUAUCUAUCUAUCUAUCUAUCUAUCUAUCUAUCUAUCCGAGUUUCAUCAUCAAUCUAUCUAUCCCAGUUUGCAUAUCUAUCUCAAUAUCUAUCUAUCUAUCUAUCUAUCUAUCUAUCUAUCUAUCUGUCUAUCUAUCUCAUCGUUAAUCUAUCUGUUAGAUGCUACAACGCUAUCUAUCUAUCUAUCUAUCUAUCUAUCUAUCUAUCUAUCUAUCUAUCAGUUUCACCGUUAAUUUAUCUAUCUAUCUAUCUACCUACCUACCUACCAACCUACCUAUCUAUUUUUCCCGCCAUUCAUCGCAGUGAAUACUUGAUCCAUGUCUCUCUAAUUUUUCGAUUAUUGGCAGGAAUGUCUUUUGGUCUCUGUACUCAACUUUUUCCAAAGACCCAAUUGCUAAGUAUCUACCAAGACCAAAACCCAGACUUGACUCUUACGAGCCCUGCCUCGGUGGCGUUUUCGUUUUUGUUUCUUUCUUUCUUUCUUUCUUUCUUUCUUUCUUUCUUUCUUUCUUUCUUUCUUUAA